AAAAAUAAAAAUCCCUAUAACACAGAAAGCUUUCACAAGUCAACAGUACUUUCUCCCGCCAGCCAUGAAUCUUUCCACAGUCAUCUCCGCCGCGGUAGUUCUAGCUCUCUCCAUUUUUUUACUCCCCCUCUUCAACGUACCCCAAGAAUGGCCGUUAAAGACGACAUUGUUUUCAUCGACGACGAGAGAAUCAGCGGCGGAUUUGAUAAUGACAAACGGAGUUAUUUUCACUGCUGAUGAUUCUUUGCCUUUUGGCGAUGCUAUGGCUGUUCAAAAAGGCAGGAUUCUUCGCGUAGGCAAUUAUUCCUCUCUUCAGGAUUUAGCAGGAUUUGACACUAAAGUGGUUGACCUUAAAGGCAAAAUAGUAGUUCCUGGUUUUAUUGAUUCUCAUGUUCACUUUAUUUUUGGUGGACUUCAGGUGAUGCGUGUGGAGCUGCGAGGUGUUAACCAAAAGGAUGAAUUUGUGAGAAGGGUUAGAGAUGCUGUAAGAAAUAUGAAAGAAGGUUCCUGGGUGCUGGGUGGUGGAUGGAACAAUGACCUAUGGGGAGGAGAAUUACCAGCAGCUUCUUGGAUUGAUGAUAUUACUCCAAACAAUCCCGUUUGGUUAACUAGGAUGGAUGGUCAUAUGGGCUUGGCUAAUUCAGUAGCAUUGAAGUUAGCUGGGAUUAAUAAUACGUCUGAAGAUCCUAAUGGUGGAGCAAUUAUGAGAUCUACUAAAGGAGAUAAUGAACCUACUGGAUUGGUAGUAGAUGCUGCAAUGAAACUUAUUCUUAGAUAUAUCCCAGCGGUCUCAGUAGAUGAAAAAAGGGAAGCUUUGCUUAUUGCUAGCAAUCUUGCAUUGAUGAGGGGGGUGACAACUGUUGUCGACUUUGGAAGAUACUUUCCUGGGGCAGCACUAGAGCAUUCUUGGGAGGAUCUUUCAGAUGUAUAUCAAUGGGCUGAUUCUUUAGGCAAGAUGAGGAUCAGGGUUUGCUUAUUUUUUCCAAUGGAAACUUGGUCACGCCUUUCUAAUCUUAUUACAAAAGCAGGCCGUGCUCUGAGCAAUUGGAUUCACAUAGGUGGUGUUAAGGCUUUUGCUGAUGGAUCUUUAGGCUCUAAUAGUGCACUCUUCUAUGAGCCUUAUGUUGAGGAGCCUCACAAUUAUGGCUUGCAAGUUGCUGAUAUUGAUAGUCUUUUCAACAUGACUCUGGCAUCAGAUAAAGUUGGACUUCAGGUUGCCAUCCAUGCUAUAGGUGACAGAGCGAAUGACAUGGUCCUGGAUAUGUAUGAAUCUGUGGUGUCAAUUAAUGGAAAAAGGGAUAGAAGAUUUAGGAUUGAGCAUGCCCAGCAUUUAUCAUCUGGAAGUGCUGCUCGAUUUGGUGAACAGGGGAUCAUUGCUUCAGUACAGCCAGAUCACCUACUUGAUGAUGCUGAUUCUGCAAUAAAGAAGCUCGGUGUGGACAGGGCUCAAAAUGGACCUUACCAAUUUCACUCAAUUUUAGCCAGCAAUGCGCAGUUGGCUUUAGGCUCCGACUGGCCAGUUGCCAACAUUAAUCCGUUGGGAGGCAUCAAGACGGCAGUCAAAAGAAUACCUCCUGGUUGGGAGAAUGCCUGGAUUCCAUCCGAGUGUCUAUCUCUGAAAGAGGCAAUAAUUGCGCACACAAUUUCAGCGGCUGAUGCAUGCUUUCUUGAGAAUGAAGUGGGAUCUUUAUCUCCGGGUAAGAGAGCAGAUUUUGUGAUAUUGUCGAGCACUUCAUGGGAUGACUUUGAAGCACAAGGAUCUGCAUCAGUUGAGGCCACAUAUGUAGCUGGUGCACAGGCUUAUCCCUGAAAUCACUCGCCUUGGAAUACUUUCCCAAUGCAUUUAUAUUCAACAAAGGGUCAUUACACUCAAAAUUGACAAGCUGAUCCAGAAUUAGGGUGUAAACUUACUCAAAUUGACGAACUGUUUUUUUGGGUUGUAAAUACAAAUUUGAACAUUUUGAUAUUUUGUGCCAAGUUUGAAGGGGUAAAAUGAACAUUUGUUGCAUUUAAAUUCGAUCAUGUUUUGUCCACCUUCAAUGGAGGAUAAUGAAAAAAUAUGUGUACAGUGGAGGAUAUACAAGUAAAAUAUAUACAAUAUAUAUUACCCAACA